CGUUGACGGACCUGUCCGACAUGGUUUUAUGUCCGCUCUCAUUGCUUCAGGUCACUGAAGAUUUUAGUUUCUAAAGCUUGACUUAACCGGAGUUUAUUAUUAUUAUUGUUGUUAUUAUUAUUAUCAUUAUUAAUAAUAAUAUUAUUAUUAUUAUUUAUUAUUAACGUUCAGGACGUAAGCGUUUACUUUUACUGUUGCUCUGUGAAUAUAUAGGAUUAUUUCAGAUAACGUUACACUAUAAAGAAAAUGAGUUUAGUGAUUUAGGUUAACCAGUCCUAAAUGCUUUUUAAAAAGACGGGUCAACAUCAAACCAGCUUUAACUGUAUGUAGCAUUCACUAAAUUGACUGUUUUUCUCUAGAUAAUUAUUAUUAAGAUUAUAUUGUAAGUGUGCGGUCCGUUGAAUGGUGCCGUCUGAAUCAAUAAUAGUCAAAGGCUAUAUAUUACGUGGACCCUUUACGUCAUGGGUAUAUAACAUUUCAACUGUGAAUUGGACUCGACUCCCGCUCAUUUCUUGCAUAAAUGGAUGAUGACUCACCAGAUGAGGUGUUUACUGACUUCAGGACCAGACACCUUGGAGGUUGGGGUGUUGUGCAGAUAGCUGCUGGCACUGGGCUUGCUGUCUAUGUGAUGUGGGUUGGAGUCCUUCAGCCUGGCUUUCGGAGGGUACCACUGAAGCUACAGGUCCCCUACAUCCCUGCCAGCAAAGCACAAGUAAAAAAUGUGAUGACUUUGAUGAGAGGUCGAACAGGUGAUCUAGUCGAUUUGGGAUCUGGUGAUGGUCGUAUUGUUUUGGAAGCCUAUCAGCAUGGCUUUAGCCCAGCUGUUGGUUAUGAGCUCAACCCCUGGCUUGUACGGCUAGCUCGCUUUCAUGCCUGGAGAGCAGGUUGCUACGGAAAAGUGUCAUACAGACAAGAAGAUCUCUGGAAGGUCGACUUGUCAAAAUGCAAGAAUGUCACAGUGUUUCUGGCUCCAAGUGUGCUGUCUUUAUUACAGAAGAAGUUGCAGGUUGAGCUUCCUGAUGAUGCCUUAGUAGUGGCCGGCCGUUUCCCAUUCCCAGACUGGAGCCCUUGCAGGAUUGAGGGGCAGGGAGUGGACAGGGCCUGGUCGUACAGCAUGCAAGCACAACGACAGCACACAAGUCAAAAAAAUGAAAACUUCAGGCCAACAGUAAGUGAUUCUAACAAGAAACUGGUUCAGGAAUAACGAUGGACUUUGAAGAUAAACUGAUGCACUUAGUCAGAAUGGCAAAGGUUAAUAGACUGACUUUGGGUUAACCAUUCUGAACUAGUGAAGUUUUAGGACUCAGUUUGACAGUUAAAAAAAAUUUUUU